AUGGUCUUUUACGGCAACAAGUUCACCGGGAACUGUGUGAUGAAUACCCUGGAGGGUACUCGUUGUAAGAGGAAGGCACCCCUGCCUGUUGAUGAAGUCGAAGAAUGCUGGCAACACCGACAACAGCCAGCCGAGGUCCAGUGCUCUGCACAUAUUGGGCUUCAUGGGAAUGGCAGACGUUGCAGCCGGCGUGGACGUCACUCGCUAGACGAAAACGCUGUUGAACUCUACUGCACGCAACACGUCAACAAGUUGCAUCGCGAGAACGGUCGUGCGGAGGUCGUUCCUGCUCAUCGCCAACAGCAGGAUGAACAGCGUAGGAGGGCGGAGGAGCGUGAGCAACUCCACCCGAGACGAAGGUCACCGCGUCUGGUAGAGCGAGAGAUCGCAGCUGCCGCCGCUGUUCAACUCGCCGCGGAGAGAGAGCAACGUCGUGCCGCCAAUCGGGCAAACCAGAACCUGCGGAGGUCGGCCCGGAUUGCCGCGAGGCGAGGCAAUGUGUGAUUAUAGCCUGGACUGAUUCGCAGAAGCAGCAGGGGGGAGACCGAGGGGGGAUACUGGGUCGAACACUGCUGAGGUUCUCGGGACGUAAACGCCUUGCUAUAGGAGUAGUAGGGAGGAAGCCGAGACGGGUAGUGCAUGGUCACUCAAAACCAGACCCGCUGUACUAUCGUAGUCAAGAAAGACUGGGUGUGGUCAGUCGAGGUAGACGCCGGAGGCCAUUCCCUUUCUUUGACCGCCUGUAAAUUAUUCCAAGAAGAUCAGGCCUCACCGCGGGACGCGCACACACGUCGUAAGUAUGCAGGUAUUUCAAUGUCUACCUUGUGAUCAUAUAUUCCUACUCACCAGAUCAGUUUACCCAAUACCUCCUAAUAGAAGUCAUGUAUACUUCUGAGGUUUGACAUGUAGGUUAUUACAUUGAGAAUUUGUGAAUAUUUGGCUGAAAAUCUUUUUUAAUAUACGUUAUAUUGUUAUAAGGGUUCAGAAGUUGUCUUUUUUUGUAAGUUUAGUUAUUGGUUUUGCAAUCAUCCAUCUCAUAAAAGUAGUUGUACUGAUAUUUCAAUGUGUAUUAUUUAUUGUUAUAAAAUUUAGUGUUGAGUUUAUAAAGGUUAAGCUUAAAUUAUUAAUAUGACCUACUCGGUGAUUAAUGAGCAAUGUGUAAUUUAUUAUGUGUUCAAUUGACCUAUGCUUUAUGUACUGUAUAUAGUUGUUAGCCAUGUGAAGUAAAAAAUUCCACGUAAUGUGGACAAUAAAACAAAUCAACAAAUCAAAUCAAUGUAUCUUGUUGUAAGAGCUAGACUUGGCAGGAGCUGUCCAAUUACCCAGUUUGUAAUUAGCACCAAAUAACCACUAAAUAUAUAUCUGAACAUGGAGAGGCCUAAUAAGGAUUGUAGAACUUGAGGAGUCACAUGAAUGCCAUUUAUCUCCAGUUAGAGAUGCAAAACUUUACCUGUGUAUCAUGAAAUACCAUACUGGUGCAUAAAAUAAAAUGAAUGUUUGAACAUGUAUCCAAUAUUUUUCUCAAUUUGCACAUUUUUUAAAACCAAAUUUUCAAACUGCAAUUACAAACUGGCCUAUUAUAGGAUGUGUACUGAUAAUGUACUUGUAGACAGAAUGUUCUUUCAUGUGGAAUGCACGAAAGAAUAAGAAAAAAAGAUGCCAACAAUUAAUGAUGAACUUACAAAAAUGGUUGCAAACUAAUGA